UGUUAUCCAGACGUGGGCGCGCCAAUUCCACUUUUCACGUUUAAGAUGUCGUAAUUCCAAAUCAUCUCCUUCAAAAUUCCGUGAAGCUCUCGACUUAUCGCGAAUCAAAUAUUUAUUUCGCGAUUAUUCGCCAAAAUUACCGCGAGAACGGGGCCAUCUGCAAGAAGGCGUGGUCGCUAAUUUCCAUUGCACUUUGCAUUUGGAACGCAUGCAAGCGGACCCCUUGAUGGAAAUUCCCAGGAUUAAUUCAAACUUCUUUGAAUUUGACUCUUAAAACGUGAUCCGAUGGAUAAACCUGACACUUCUUACCUGUUUGAUGCCAAAAUGGAACUACACCCGGAGGAGGAAAGCUUUGCGCAACCAACGAUUAUCGUGAAAAACAAGACUCCCUCGCGCUGUAAUGUUGUGCGGGUUGCUGCGAUAGUGGUCGUGGUUGGCCUUGUAAUUGCGGCAUUUAUCGCUGGUUAUAUGGUAAGGAGAACUGUGUCUAAAUGCAAGAAAAAUGGAGACGUUUCUCCGACUUCAACACCAGUUCCUUCGAGAAUUCGACUGCAGGACGUCUUGGCGCAAAUGUCCGCCGAGAACAUCGAACGAAAUUUGAGGAAUUUGACACUUCAUCCUCAUCAUGCAAGCUCUGCAAGAAAUACUGAAUUAGCUCAUUUUAUCAGGGAUCAAUGGACAGAUUUUGGGUUUGAUGCAAAGUUGAUCAAGUAUAAUGUACUUCUUUCUUUCCCGGAGAAAGGGAAGAUAAAUGGAGCUUCUCUUCAAGAUGGUAAUGGAACUGUCAGGUUUCAAACAGCAAAAACAGAGAAGGCUUUAGAACCCUCAGAGGAGUCACCAGAUGCGCUACCUCCAUUUAGUGGUUACUCUCCAACUGGGAAAUUUAAGGGUGACUUGAUUUAUGUAAAUUAUGGAAGAUAUGAUGAUUUCAAGUUGUUGCUGGAAAAGAACAUCAACUGUUCUGGGAAGAUUGUCAUUGCAAGAUAUGGGCAUGUCUUCAGGGGUGACAAGGUGACUAAUGCACAGAAUUUUGGAGCAAAAGCCAUUUUGAUAUACAAUGACCCACAAGAUUUUGCACCUGUACCAAAUGAAGAUCUUUAUCCCCAUGGCUGGUGGCUUCCUCGGUCAGGAGUACAGCGUGGAUCAAUCCUGAUUGGAACUGGUGACCCCUUGACUCCAAGAUAUCCUUCUAAAGAUGGUGUAUUUAGGAAAAGUUCAGCUGAAAUCAAGAUGCCUUACAUUCCAGCUCAUCCAAUUUCAGCUGAAGAUGCAGAACAGUUUCUGAGGCUGCUGGGUGGAGAGAAAGCCCCUGAUGACUGGCAGGGUGGGCUGGAUAUUACUUAUCAUACUGGUCCAGGAUUCUCUGAUAAUUACACAGACUGGAAAGUGGAAGUUGAGACCAAUAACAACCACACAAGAAGAGACAUUUACAAUGUCAUUGCUGUGUUGAAGGGAUCCAUUGAGCCAGACAGAUUAGUUUUGUUGGGAAAUCACCGAGAUGCUUGGGUGUUUGGAGGUAUUGAUCCUUCAAGUGGAACGGCUUGUAUGUUGGAGAUUGGCAAGGCCCUUGGAAUGAAGUACAAACAAGGGUGGAGACCCCGUAGAUCCAUUGUUCUCUGUAGUUGGGGUGGAGAAGAAUAUGGUCUUUUAGGAUCAACUGAGUGGGUUGAGGACAAUGUUCACCUGUUAUACCAGAGAGCUGUUGCCUAUUUGAAUGUUGACUCCCCAAUAAGAGGAAAUUACAGUCUCUUUGUUAGGGCCAGUCCACUUCUGCAUCAGGCUUUGUUUAAUGCUACAAAACAGGUGAAAAAUCCCCUCAACAGGAACCAAUCAGUUUAUGACAACUGGCUGGAUAAAUUUCCAGCUUCUGAUGGAAGAACUCCAAAGGUUCCUCCUCUAGGAUCAGGAAGUGACUAUUCUCCAUUUUGUCAGAGAUCUGGAGUGCCAUCAGCUGAUAUUAGAUAUGUUUUUGACAUGUACCGGUUUCAUAACAUCUCUUCAUACCCUACCUACCACAGUAUUCAUGAUACAUUCGCUUAUGUCAAGGAGUUUGUGGAUCCUCAAUUCACCACCCACUUGGCCAUAGCACAGGUGUGGGCGAGCACUGCAUUCCUAUUAGCUGAGACCGCUGUGCUGCCGGUCAACUGUUCGGAUUAUGCUGCGGCGCUAAAUAAGGGUGCUCUGGACAUUCAGAAGAAAUAUGGAAGUACCCUGGAACAAAGGGGGAUCUCUCUUGAAUACUUAAACCAGGCUGUUAAAAAGUUUGAAGAAGGAGCAGAAAAUAUGCAGUCGCUUAUUGAGAAUGUGGACACGUCUGAUCCUUGGUCGUUAUCCUUUAUCAAUGACCGUUUGACGGGACUGGAAAAGACUUUCCUCAACCCUGAGGGACUGCCGGGAAGGCCUCUAUACUGGCAUUCAGUUUUCGCUCCAAGCCUCCACAACUCCUAUGCCAGUGCCACAUUUCCAGGCCUCCACGAUGCUUUAAUAGACGCGGCCAGCAAUGGCUCCCAGAACAAUACCUGGACGCUAGUUAAGGAGGAGUUGUCAAAUACCAUUGUCGCUAUCGAAUGGGCCGCGCAAUUUUUGAACACUGAAGUUUAGGCAGCCAGCGUGAUUAUCGCGUGACGGUUAUAAUCGUUAUCGUAUAGUUACAGUUUAAAAAAAUAUGUAAUUUAAGACGUUUCUAAAGAAGAUGCACGUAAUUGUGUUAAAAUUAUAUAUUGUUAAUUUCAGAUGUUGGCCCCGCAUACGUUCUGCAUAGGAAAAAUAUAUCAUGUCAUCUGGUUAUUUAAUUGUUACGGUUUGUAAGUAGAAAUUGCAAUUCUGCUUCAGGGUUUUUUCAUUGUUCAAGUCGAUGUGACUGUCUUUGGAAGUUCUAAAGUUCUUUGCUUAUUUCAAAGAGAUACGCAUUAUUCAAAAAAAGAAAACUGUUUUGUGUGCCCGUUUU